ACAACGUCUUAGAUAGUAAUGGUGAAUGGAUUCCAGAUGUCAAAUAGGGGGCAGAGAAUAUUUCGAGUUUAACCUAGUUGAUGUUAAGGCAGUUAUGAAAGGAACUCUUUUUAAGAGCAACAUUUAACAGUUUGUGAUGCGUAGCUCUAAAAAGGAAACGGGAGAAUUGUUGAGGAAACUGAAAGCAAGAAUAUUUCAAUGAGGAGAAGUGCAAUAGGCACCCAAGGUGUGUCCUAGUGGUCAACGAAGUAAGUUGAGAACCAUGAACGGAUGCAAAAACACUAGGUGAUUUCGUCCCAUCUGUUCAAGCCUUGGUAGAUACAGAUUUACCCGGUACAUGUGAUGAUGGGAUGAAUUAGUCAAGGUAGGCGAAAGCUGGCAUGGACAUCAUAAAAAGGGUGUGCUAUAUGGUGCAUUAUUAAGAAGUCCUUUUCAAUUCGUUAGGAUACAAAUAAGAUAAAAAACGCUUUGCCAAGGCUUGAGUAGAAGAAGAGGUACUUGAACAUAGGGCCAUGGAAGGCCGAGUUCAUGGAAGUUGGCUUUUCAGGAGAUUCACUAGAUCAUUCUCUCUUUGCAAUUUGACGAUUUAGUUCAAUCUUCUAAAUUAAGAAGCUUUAGUGAAAAUAUUAAGGGGCUUGAAAGUGUUCUAGAUACAGAGAUCAAAAUUGAUUCAUGGCAUAUUGUUUAAUACUCGGCUAGUUUUCUGCAUUUUAGUGGCGAAAGUAUUUGGGUUAUGAGAACUUUGCUGCUGAGAUAAAAAAUGAUAGGAAGAAUAUGCUUAAUUUGCAAGUUUGGGGCUUAAGGUCAAUGAAGAAUAUUUAUCUUACCUUAUUUAUGCUAUUGUUUCUUUUGUCGCUCAAGGAACUAUUUGUGACUUUUGUUUUACCUAUUGCUACAGUUUGUCUUUGGAAAACCAGAUGAGAGGAAGCAUUGCUAGACUGGCUGGCAGUGACACUUAAGAGGCUGAUUACUCAUUGCUUACCAUUUGACUUUUUCUGUUCCUUAUAUUUUUGGAGUGAUCGACAUUACGAGAAGUAGAUAUUGAUUUAACUAUUUGAUGCUUCUAUAAUAACUGAACUUUUCAAGUCUGCUGUUGCUAAAGAUUUGAUAAUGACAUCAGAGCAAGCUGCCAUGAAAUCUAGCCGAUCGAUGAAGAGAAAGAUAGGUGGGGUUCAUGAAAAAUACAGUGACAAGGAGAAUGUUGCAUCAAAGAAAGCAACACGUAGGAUUAGUCGGCAGAAUCUGAAUGCAGCAGGGGAAUGUAGAAAUCUUUCAGCUGGGCAAAAUAAUGGGAUUUUGCCCUUACAAGCUUCGAAGGUAUCUUGUCAAAAGCUUCCAGGAAGGACGACUAAUUCCCCUGUAACAAAAGGAGAUGCUGCAGCAGGGAGUCAACAGCUUGAUUCUUGUAAGAAGAUUAAGCUACAGCUUUUUCCAAUAAAUAAAAGUACCCGACAGAGAUUGGAGAAGGAUGGCUGCAAUCCGUUCCAGGAACUCACUUUAAGUGCUCAGAAGAAGAUAUCGUCGGUGAUUAAGCACCUUUAUACAAAGUGGAGUUCGUCGAGUUUGGGGUUAGGGGAGCUCCUUCUAUUCCCCUAUGAUACUAAUACAGAAAACAUAGCAUCACAGAAACGAUGGAGCUCAAAAGAUACCAACAUUUCUGCAGGAGAAGUGUAUGCAGCAAUAGAAAGUCCUGCCAUUUUUCGCUUAAGGUAUGGCUGUCUUUCUGAUCUUAAGCUCAAGGCUUUUGAGGUACCUGAUAUCUCCCCAGCCUCUGGUAUGCAUGCACAAUCGAGGGGUAUUAAGAGAAUCUUUGCUGAUGCAAUGGACAUAGCAAAUGACAAAGUGAAGGGAGCUAAGUUGAAAAAUGAAGAGCUUAGUAAACCAAUCUGCAAAAAUGAGCAUGAAAUUGUAAUUGAGAAUCAGAAGAUGGCUUCAAACAUACAGGUUGAUCAUAUGGUUGAUGAAGUAAGAAAGCAAAAUGUCCCUUCAAAGACAGACAAUCCAUGGGAUGAUAUUUUGACCAACUUAAGCAUUGGAGGAUUGUUUUCUGAGGCAUCUUUGCAAGGAAAGAUCAGCAAGACAGAAAAUAAAUUGGAUUUGCAGCCAAUCCAGUCAGUUUCUGAUAUUAGUAUAGGAGGUUUGCUGUCUGAAGUGUCUUUGCAGGGUAAGACAUCUACUGAAAUGAACCAAGAGAACAGAGUGGAAUUGCAGCCACCUACAUUUAGUUCCUAUUUUAGCAAAGGAGGCUUCCUUUCUGAAGCAUCUUCUCGGGAAAAGAUUAGUGAUUUCAAUUUAGAUUCAAAAGGAACAACUGGUUUGAAGGAAACGUCAAAGUGUGGGCCACACAUUGAGUCAAAAUUUUCAUGGGAUUUUAAUCUCACUAACUUGAGCAUUGGAGGAUUGCUGUCUGAGGCGUCCCUGCUGGAGAAAGUGAAAAAUCAUGACCAAAGAAGUGAGGACAAACCAAGCUCACAACCUGACUCACUUGAUGCGUUUGUUGCUGCACGCAUGAAUUCACGCCCUGAAAUUUCAAAGUCAUCAUCUCAUGAAUUGCACUCAUCUAUCUUGGAUGCUGAAGAGACAUGUCAUGCAUUUCCAGUGCGUAAAAUUUCAUCAGGAAAUGAAAAUGCAACAACUUCGUGUGGACCAGCUGGUUCUGGCAACGGUCACGAGUAUACAAGCUCAAAAUCUUUCAGAAUUCCAUCGUCCUCUAGUGCUGCGGAGCGCUCAACUCAAAGUGUGAUCGCACAAGAUCAAUCAUCAGAGCAACCAAAGACAACUUUCUUUUCUCGUUCACGGGGUGUUUUUGAUGAAGACAGCAGCCUUGGGCUAAAGGGCAUCAAAUGGGAAGACUCUUUGGGACCAUUUGAUCUUGGACUUCCCAUUUUGCGACCUGUUAGCAUCGGAGACAGUGUUAGCCUCAGCGAGUUCAUUAAAUAACAUACUGUAGUCUUGAACUGAUAGUAUGAUACCAUAGACAGACGAAAAUUUUCCUGAGCUCGAGGAUCAAAUUCUUGAUUAGUCGAAAGUAAAAAUGAUUCUCUGAAUUGUCCAUAAAGAGUUAAAAAACAAUCUUGUGAUUAUAGAACUUACAUUUUUUUAAAUGUAAUAUAGCCUUAGGCUUUUCCUUUUCUUCAACACCUAAGGCAAGGAUUUUAUAGUACUUC